AUGCCCGACAGUUCGGUUUCUGAACCGUUCCUUCAGACGGGCACGUGCGUUUCAUCGAAGCCGUUAACGAAUAUAUUGACUAAAACCGAUGCAGGACAGACCUGUGCGGCUGCUCGGUCUUCUCACAGAAAAUUAUCGAUGGCGAUUCAGGACAAAGCUUUCCAAAGAUCGGUACGCCCCUUACGUGGGCACACCACAGAAAUCCUGAGGUUACUUAGCUGUUUGUCAGAGUCGUACUCUCCUAGACAUUAUAUUUUUGCAGACUCAGAUAAGAUGAGUGAAGCUAAAAUACGUUCUUUUGAACAAAAAAGGUCUGAAACAUUCUCCAAUUCACAGUUCACCCUUGAUCGCAUUCCCAGAAGCCGUGAGGUUAGACAAUCUUGGACCUCCUCUGUGGUAACAACCCUGUACUCCAUACUUUACUCCCUUCCUUUGACCUACAAACUGAAACCAGAUUUGAUAUUGUGCAAUGGACCAGGAACAUGUGUCCCUGUCUGUAUAUCUGCUCUUCUUCUUGGGCUUCUAGGAAUAAAGAGAGCAAUCAUUGUGUAUGUAGAGAGCAUCUGCCGCGUGGAAACUUUAUCCUUGUCUGGAAAGAUUCUUUACUACUUUUCAGAUUACUUCAUCGUUCAGUGGCCUGAUCUAAAGGAAAAAUAUCCCAAGUCAGUAUAUCUUGGUCGAAUAGUGUAACAACAGAAGACAGGCUUUACCUAAAAUAAACUCUGCAAGCUCCUCACUGAAGAAAUGCAUUCAUGUAGGAAUUUAUUUUCGAGGAUUCCUGUUAAGAAUUUAGGCUGGUACUGGAAAAGGAGACACCAAUAAAGAUAUCUCUACAUUUAAGUACAUUUUUGUGUAGUUGUAUUUAUUGCCAUCAUGUAGGUCUGUUCACCAAUACCCCAUAAUGGCCUUAAGUCUAUGCUGUCUCUGUUUUCAUCUAGUUUUCCUGCUGUGUGAAUGGCAAUUUUUGUCUACAAAUAAAUAUGGGAAUGUGUAUGAAUUGUAACAUUUCCUGUAAGGAAACUUUGUGUAGUUUUCUAAAUUGUAAGAAACAAA